AUGUCAAUUUUUGUUUUGAUAAUUGAAACUUAAAAUCAUAGCAAGGCGCAGGCAUAUCGUAAUAGAUUUUUAAAUAUAUGAAUAUUGCAAGUCUUUAAGCACUAAGUGUAUUAAAUAAACUGAGAAUACAUAUUAAAAAUAUAAUUUCAAUGAUAUAUAACUAUAGGCAUUAUGAUCUCACUUCAUCAGGUAAAUAAAUAUUUUCAUAAGCCGCAUUAUGUAAAGCAAUAUUUACGUUUCGUUCAUAAUGUUAAAGAGCCUCCUAAAAAAAUCUUGUACCCACUUCAUAAUAGAAGCUUACUUAAAAUUACUGGGAGUGAAGCCUCACUUUUCCUGCAAGGACUCAUAACAAAUGACAUGAGACAUUUUGAAGAGAGUGCUAAAUCUGUUUACGCUAUGUUCUUAAAUAAUAAAGGCAAGGUUUUAUACGACACUCUUAUACAUAAAUGGGAUGAUGAAAACUCUUUUAUCUUGGAAUGUGACCAAAAAAUUGCACAUUUACUUGAGAAACAUUUAAAAAUGUUUAAAUUGAGACGGAAAGUAUCCAUAGAAGAUGUAAAUAAGCAGUUUCGACUUUGGAAUAUAAUCACUCCAACAGAUUCAAUGUUAAACGAGAAUGUAGAUACAAAAAGUGAGGUAAACAUAUACAAAGACCCUAGAUUGUCUGAUCUAGGAUAUAGGUUAAUAGCAGCGGCACCUUUGAGUGGAUCUGAGAUAGUAGCAAGUAUUGGAAAUGAUGUAGCCAUUGAACAAAGUGAUGAUGGCUAUAAAUAUUUAAGGUAUAAGUUGGGAGUAAGUGAAGGUGCUGAUGAUUUGCCACCAGGCACAAGUUUUCCUUUAGAAGUUAACUGUGAUUACCUCCAUGGAGUCAGUUUCCAUAAAGGUUGUUACAUCGGGCAGGAGGUCACAGCUAGAGUACAUCACACAGGAGUUGUUCGUAAGCGAAUAAUGCCCAUCAAAUUCACCAAUGUAAUUGAGGAAGACUUAGAAAAGGAUUUAAAAAUAAUAGCCUGUGAGAAUCCUAAACUGAGUUUGGGUAAACUAAAGGGCAUCGUAAAGAAUUAUGGAUUAGGUCUUUUGAGAAUCAAGGAAGCAAUUGAUUACAAAAUACUAAAUGUUGGUCAUUAUUCAGGAGAAGCUGUAAAACCUGAUUGGUGGCCAAUGGAAGCUCCCAAAGAAGUCCCUAAAACUGAAUAACACGGACCACAAGACUCAAGUGUGACAAGAGAUCAGACAAGCACAUAACAAUGGAAACAACCAAACAAAAAGUAGAUGAGACCCCCAUGCAUUAUGAUUUCACUUGUACUAGCUGUGGUCUCCAAGAAAAAGCACAUUAUAAAGGAACUAGUCCACCUUUCUCUCGUAAUAUAGAAUUGAAAUAUAGCAGCUAUAUUAUGAAAGAUCCAUUCAGUCCAUCAGGAAGAGGAGAAAUAAUGGUUCUCGGAGCAGACUGUGCAUUGUGUGACAAAGUAGUAUGUAUUAGUAAAGAAUGUAGUAUUUUUUAUUGUAAAUCCUAUUGUUUACAAUGUGCAAAAGCUUCCAUUGAUAUUUUCCCUGCUGAAAUUAAAAGUAAAAUAAUGCAACAAUGUAAAUAAUUAUCUAGCAACAGCAAAGCAA